AUGGUAUCAAACGACGCGUUCGAUCCGCGCCGUGCUUCCGCCUCUUCUGCCGCCGCCGUGCCGCCUCCAUCAACCCUGGCGACGGAAUCACCUUUCAUGGCCUCCACGCCGCUCGCCUGGGCCCAUCCGGCUGCAUCGGGCUCGCGUCCACCAGCGCCCCGAUCGCCCGCGAUGCAUCCAUCGCUCGCCCAUGAUGCAUCUCUGGUGCCGAACUCCUACGGCGCCUCUGCACAGCUGCCCCGUGAUGGAUUGAUCUCCUGUGUGCAGCCCCGUGAUGGAUUGAUCUCCUGUGUGCAGCCCCGUGAUGGAUUGAUCUCCCGUGAUGUGUCUCUGCCGCAGCACUUCUACAACACCUCUGCGUCGCUGCCCUACGGCGGGACUCCGUCUCGUGAUAUGCCGCCGGCUUCAGGCUCCCAUGGUGCCCCCAUCCAGGUGCCCUACGGGGGGCCGUAUCCCGCGCCAUACGUCGCGCCGUCGCCGGUGCAGUAUGCUCCGUCCUCCGCGGUGCCCUACGAGGCGUCGUAUGGUGCGCCCUACGCCGCUCCUGCGCCGUACGUCGCGCCGCCCCUGCAGCCCUACGUGCCACACGUCGCAUCGCUGCAGCCCUACGACGUACCUCCUACGGCGCCCUACGGUCAUCACCAACACUACGGUCCGUCUCCGUCGGCCAAUGCGCUGAUUCCGUACAGUGCUCCUCCGACGUACGACCCGCAGCUCUCCGCAUCGGCGGCUGAACCAGGACCUUUCCACUUCGCUCACCUGGUGAUGGUGAAGCUCUCUGCUGACAACUACCUCCUGUGGCGCGCUCAGGUGUUGCCGCUGAUGCGUAGUCACUACCUUGAGGGGUAUGUCGAUGGUACGUUGCCGUGUCCCCCGGCCAUGGUUCCGGUGCCCUCGGCCGCUAGUGGCUCCGUCAUGGUGUCCAACCCUGCUCAUCGUCGGUGGAUCGCUCAGGAUCAAGCUAUUCUGGGUGCCAUUCAGUCCUCGCUCACACCCUCCGUGGCCGGCAUGGUGGUCUUUGCCGCGACGUCGAGGGAUGCAUGGGCCACGCUCGACUCCAGCUUUUCCUCGCAGUCGCUGGCCCGUUCCUCUGCCAUUCGUAACCAGCUGGGUGAGGUCAAGAAAAAUGACCUCUCCGUCACAGCCUUCUUCAACAAGGUCAAAAGUUUGGCUGAUACACUGUCGUCUAUUGGGAAGCCUCUUCGUGAUGAGGAGUUUACUUCGUUCAUUCUCAAUGGGCUUGAUGAGGACUAUGAUUCUCUCGUUGAAAACAUUAAUGGACGUGACACACCGAUGCCGCCUCGCGAUCUAUAUGCACGCCUUCUCAACACCGAACAGAGGCUCGCUGCUCGCCGCUCCGUUGGCGUCUACACGGAGGGCCCUUCUGCGAACGCUGCUCUCCGCGGGGGUGCCCGCGGUGCCAAGCAGAAGGCGCCGCCGACCUCAGGCAACCAGCCCCGUCCACCCGCUCCACCUCCGACGGCUGGCCGCAAGCAGCUCCACUGCGAGGCAUGUGGUGGUGGGGUUGAGUGUCAACUCUGCGGCAUCGAGGGGCACUUGGCGUCUCGCUGCCAUCGUCGCUUUAAACGAGAUUUUCUUGGCAUUGGGAACAAUGGGAAGGGCAAUGAGAAGCAAGCUGCUCUCGCUACACCGGGGAUCCCGGGUUCACUCCUUCAUACUCGGUGGAUCCUGCCUGGGACUGGACGAGGCACUCGACUUGAGCUUCUGGAUGAUGAUAUGGCCACAACUGCGCCAGUUGCUGCUACGCCGGAUGAGGCGGUCGACGAGGCUGCCCCCGCCACUACCCCGCUUGACCCCGACGUCGAUCACGCGUGCAUGCCCCAUGCACGAGGAUCCGACGGGGUGACCAAGUCGCCGGGGCCAGCGGCCUCGCUGUCGCCUAGGCCGGCCAAACCUGUGGAGCUGUCGGCCGGGCCGGCUGGACCCGCGGCGCUCUCCCCUGAGCCAGAGGCCUCGCAGGUCACCGAGUCUUCGUCGCCUGGUCCGUCGACGCCGAUCACGCCCGGUCUGUCUUCGCCGACCCUGACCGUGCCACCGGAUGCGCUUGUUGACUCGCCCGCCGGUGCGUCCUCCUCGCCGCUGAUGGAUAGUGGCUCCUCUGGUAUGGCAGCUCCAGCGCCACCUCCGCCUGUCGUCCUGCGUCCCCAUACUCGCAGCAAAAGUGGCAUCUUCCAAUCGAAGAAGCGCACUGACGGCACUGUCGCGUGGCUUGCGGCCUGUGUGGCACAUGCUGAGGCUGACCCUACGACUGAACCACGACAAUUUUGA